AUGUCUAGUGAUGAGCAAAAAUAUGAUGAUAUUCCAAGGGAUGUUAUAAACAAAAGAAUUCAAUUUGAAGAUCAAUUAGCAACAAUUCGUUAUGUUGGCCCUGUCCCACCUACAAAAGGUAUAUGGUAUGGUGUUGAAUGGGACAAUAUUUCAAGAGGAAAACAUGAUGGUUUACAUGAUGAUAAAGAUUUGGAUACAAUUUAUUGGGCUGGUAAUACAAAAAUAGAG